GCGUAUAACUUCCUUACCAGUCUUACGUGCGUUUUAGUUCAACUGUUGCAUAACAGAGAAAAUUGUGUUUUAUUUCUUGGUUAAAUUCAGUGUUUAUUUACAUUUCUUUUUCAACUUGAAUAUAUAACGACAUAAAGUGAAGACUUUUGACUGUAAAAAUAUACAUAAAUCAAACGGAAUAAAAACGUGUGACUGAAUUACAAGAUUUUGAACACCGAUGGCUGGAUGUGACAUGUCGGUACUAAAACGGGUCCUGUUGGUGUUGGCAGGAUUGUUCGUGUUCGUGGUACUUCUGCAAUUAAACAUAUUGGACAUACGUGUAACCGGCAACUUCAUUAGUAAAAACCAAGAUUCUGCCAUUCAACAGUUUGAGCAUCGAGUCUGGAACGAACAUCUUACAAAUCUCUCAGUUUAUAAAGGCGGCCGUUUGUUGACAGAGGACAAUCUAGAGAAUAUAAAAGCUAUAAGUAUAGAGCACUGUCGUUGUCAGAGGUUUUUGGUAUUCAAAUGUGAUUCCUCGAGUUCAUGUGGAGGUUUGGCUGACCGUCAGAAAGGAAUUGUGUCCUCUUUUCUCCUGGCAUUACUUACAAAUAGAACUUUUGUCGUCGAUAUGACAACUCCGUGCGAGCUAAACAACUUUCUCUUGUCAAAUAUUUACAAUUGGUCAAUGUGUACUGACUUUCUGAAGACUGUCCCAAAGACAAACUUCAUUGAGUUAAAGUAUGUUAACGGAAAUACAAAGAAAUUCCUGAAUCAAGUUAAAAGUUUCGAUUUUGACAGAAACUGGACAAAACAAGUAGUAGUUUUACGAUUAAACGCCUAUGCAAUCGAUGGGAUAAGACAACAUAAUCAAGCUAGAACACGACUUAAAUGGUUGAUGAAUAUUACAAAUGAAGAAGCAAUACAUUUAGUACUGCAUACUCUGUUUAAGCCAAACCAAAGACUGUUGAAGGAUGCUGUACAAUUCUAUGAUAAUAAAAUACUAGGGAGGCAUUUAGUAUGCAGUCAUAUUCGAAUUGGGAAAAAUCCAAGCAUUCCAGAGGACAGUACACGUCCUAGGGGAUAUUCAAAUGAGACUGUGAUAUUUGACUUUUUGGAAAAGUACGAUGAUGUCCGAAAAUAUGUCAUUUAUAUUGCUUCCGAUUCAGAAGAUAUAAAAAGACAUGCUGAAACCAGAUUUAAAUCAUACAUUAAAAUAAGUCGAACAAUUGUUCAUGUUGACCGGCUAGGAAAGCUAAAACGUUUCAAAAAAGAAGCUUGUGAGGGAUUGUAUACAGCACUUUUGGAGCAAUCAAUUCUAACUCUAUGUGACACAUUACUUUUAACAAGUAGCGGCUUUGGUACUAUGGCGGCGUACUUAAGAGGCACCUCUGACAAUUUAUUUUUGUUUCAUCCGAAAGCACAAAGAAUACUUGAAUCAAAUCUAACAAACAUUCAAACGAUUUUCAAAUUCCUUUAAAAAGUAAAGUUUCCGUUUAUAGCACAUCUUUAAGGUUAAUAAGUUUCUAGGUUAUUAAAAUCAUAAGUACAAACGCACUGUAAGUGAGGGUAUGUAAUACAUAGUCACGAAUCGUUCCAGUUAAUGCCCGAAUUGUAAGCUGAAAUACAUGGUAAAUAAAGUUUAAAUGUUAUUGAAAAAAAAAUUAACGGGUCAUAAAAAGCAAAAUUUAGCCACACAUUACUUUUAAAUGCACUAAAAAUACCUGUUAGAAUAUUUAGCUUGACUUUUCGAAGAAAACCAUGUGCUAUUACACUCACCCCGGCGUCGGCGUCGGCGUCGCCGUCGGUUAAACUUUUUGAUAAAAUCAAAUAUCUCUGUAACUAUCAAAGCUUUUGACUUGAAACUUAAAAUAUUUAUUUACUAUCAAAGUCUACACCAGGAGAAACAAUCCCCAUUACUCUGAUUGAAUUUUGACAGAGUUAUGCCCCUUUUUAAUUUAGAUUUUGUUUGUUAACAUUUUAUAAAGUGUUUACUGGCAAAGCUCUAAUUCAGAGUCAAGCACUGAGAAAAGUCGUGCGUGCUGUCUUAUGGACAACUCAUGUUUAUUUGCCUUUUCAAACAAACUGUAGUCGACGUAAUGAUAAAGAUUGUCUACCCUUUCUGUCUCAUUAAUUAUUUCCUAUAAUCUAAAUCAAAGAAGUAGGUAUAGAGAGUAGUGGUUGAAUACCUUCAAGUUAUACAGUUUUCAAGUUUUUGUCGACUAUUACAUGUACAAUAUCCGCAAAAUAAACUUUUAAGGCAAUUCGGCGAUAUGGUUCGGAGUAUUUAAAGGCUGUGAAUGGCUAAAUUACUCUAUACCCACUAUUCCGACCUUACUGAUACUGCAAUUUGACUGAGAUCUCAUAACUAUAUUCUGUCUAUUUAUUGUCAUUGAUUAAUUGUCUUUUAUUAGCUCACCAGAGCACAAAGUGCUCAAGGUGAGCUAUUGUGAGCGGUCAUUGUCGUCCGUCGUCCGUCAACAUUUGCCUUGUGAACAUUCUAGAGGCCACAGUUGUGACCCAAUCUUUAAGAAACUUAGUCAGAAUGUUAGUCAGAAUGUUAGUCUUGAUGAUCUCUAGGUCAAGUUUGAAACUGGGUCAUGUUGGUUAAAAAAAAAGUCAUUAUGCCAGAUCAAAGGAAAAGCUUGUGAAAAGCUAGAGGCCACAGUUAUGACCCAAUAUUUAUGAAACUUAAUCAGAAUGUUUAUCUUUAUGACAAUGACAGUGACAAUGAUUUUAUGAUUUCUAGGUCAAGUUCGAAACUGGGUUAUAUGGGGUCAAAAACUAGGUCACAGGAAAAGCCUGUGAACACUAGAGACCACAGUUAUGACCCAGUCAUUUUGAAACUUGGUCAGAAUGUUUGUCUUGAUGAUAUCUAAACCAAGUCAGUAAGCCAGAUUAAAUGAAAAGCUUGUGAACAUUCUAGAGGUCACAAUUAUGACCCAAUUUUUAUGAAAUAUGUAUGAUUUCUAGGUCAAGUUUGAAACUGGGUUAUGUUGGGUCAAAAACUAGGUCACCUGGUCAAAUCAAAGGAAAAGCUUGUGAACAUUCUAGAGGCCACAGUUAUCACUCAGUCUUUAUGAAACUUUUCAGAAUGUUUAUCUUGAUGACCUCUAGUUCAAGUUCGAAACUAAGUCAUUUGGGAUCAAAAACUAGGUCACUAGGCCAGAUCACAGGUAAAGCUUUGAACACUCUGGGGGCUAUAGUUGUGACACAAUAUUUAUGAAACUUUGUCAGAAUGUUUGUUUUGAUGAUGUCUAUGCCUUUUUGGAAACUGGGUCAGGUGGUGUCAAAAGCUAUUUCACCCGGUCAAAUCAAAUGAAAAGCUAUUUAACACACUGGAUGCCACAUUUAUGACAAUAUUUUAAUGAAACUUGGUCAAAAUGUUAAUCUUGAUAAUGUUUAGGUACGUUUUAAAUCUGGGUUAGGCGGAAAAUAAAACUAGGUCACCAGGUCAAAUCAAAGGAAAGGCUAGUUAGCACACUUGAGGCCACAUUUGAAACCAUAUCUUUAAGUUUUAGUUAAUGAAACUUGGUCAGAAUGUUAAUCAGAAUGAUUUUUUUAAGUCAAGUUUAAAUCUAGGUUAGAAGGGUAAAAAACUAGGUCACCAGGUCAAAUCAAAGGAAAAGCUUGUUAACACUGUAGAGGCCACAUUUAUGAAGUAUCUCUAUGAAACUUUGUUAGACUGUUUAUCUUGAUGAUCUCUAGGUCAAGUUAAAAUCUUGGUCAUGUGGGGUUAAAAACUAGGUCACCAGGUAAAAUAAAAAGGAAAAGAUUGUUAAUACCGUAGAGGCCACAUUUAUAAAAAUAUCUCUAUGAAACUUUAUCAGAAUGUUAAUCUUGAUGAUCUUUAGGUCAAGUUUAAAUCUGGGUCAGGUAGGGUCAAAAGCUAGGUCACCAGGUUAAAUCAAGGGAAAAGCUUGUUAACACUCUAGAGGCCACAUUUAUGACUUAUCUUCACGAAACUUGGUCAGAAUGUUAACCUUGAUGAUCUUUAGUUCAGUUCAUGAAUCUGGGUCAUGUGGAAUGUGAAAUACUUACCUACAUUUUUGUUUUCUUAAGAUCCAGCCUUGGAAUUUGGAUGACAUGUACAGUUUUGCACACCGAUCUACAAACUGACUUUCAGUGACCAUGAAUGCGACCUACUGACCUACUUGUUUUUUAUGAUGCAGCCUUGAAAUUUGGAUGACAUGUACAAUUUAGCAUGCCGAUCUUAAAACUGACUUUUAGUGACCAUGAAUAUGACCUACUGACCUACAUUCUUGUUUUUUUUUAAGAUAUAGACUUGAAAUUUGGAUGACAUGUACAGUUUUGCAGACUGAUCUUUAAACUGAAUUUCAGUCACCUACUUUCUUGUUUUGUAAGAUACAGUCAUGAAAUUUGGAUGACAUAUACAGUUUUGCAUACAUAUCUUAAAACUGACUUUCAGUGACCAUAAAUGUGACAUACUGACCUACUUUCUUAAUCUUUUAGCAUCACUUUGACAUUUGAAACAUGUAUCUCAUAUUACUCAGGUGAGCGAUCCAGGGUCAUCAUGACCCUCUUUUUGUAACAUUAGCGUAUUUCAGUUUUUGUCGAUAGCCGUGAAUGUAUUAUAUUGCGUGUAACUUGUGCGUUUUUUUUCAGGAAUUAUAUACUGAUCAGCAAAAGAAACUAUCCAGUUUUAUGACUGGGAUAUUUUUUAUUUACAAACUUUAAUUUGUAAAUCACUUGUAUUUUUCAUAUCACAUUACACUUGAAGAACUUCACGUGUAAAUUUUUAAAACAAUCAAUCAACCGUGAAGUCAGUAGUCCCACAAUGACUGUUUUGCACGAAAUUUACGUGCGCCUGUAUUUAACAAUUUUCUUUGUGAAAUUUUAUUGUCAUUGAAAAUAUUGAUAAUUGGCUAACUCGAAAAACAGCAUAAAGUUUAAAAAAUAUUGUUGGUUGCACCACACGACUGAAUCAAAUUUAGCGCAAGACCCCAAUUGGGAUGUUACAAUGCAACUGACGCGCAGAAAAUAGUCUUUCAAACGUCUAUUGUGGGACAGAUCUUCAAGUGUAAUUUUGGUAUGAAGAAACAAUUCAAAUUUGAAAAAUUAUUUUUUUAUUUCAUAAUAUACCAGUUAUACAUCUGGAUAGUUUCUUUUGCUAUUCAGUAUAUUAAUGUUUUGGGAAGUAUCAGUUGGUAUGUUUUUAUCUAAGUUCUCGCAGAAUUCGUAUAUAUUUUGAAAGCUUUUUACUACGUUCGUACUCAUCCGUACUCAAAAUGUGUUCGUGCUCAAAAUACUUCGAAUGAAAAGUUAUUAGUCUUGAGAGUGUGUUCCUGUUCAACACAUAUUUACGUAAUAUGCAAACGUAUGGGUAAUGUCAUGAUGUCAUGUUUGUAAUAACGAGAAAUAUAAAAGACCGUGUAAAAACCUUCUGUACAUGCUUUUGGUAGUGUUGUUGAUUUCAAGGUACCGGUUAUGGAUUUGUAAAUCAUGUUUAAAGUUUUCAAGAAAACAGAACGAUAAUUAAAUAAUGCUCUGGAAUCGCAACGUCAUCACAUAUGUAAGUAUUACAUUUAGUCAUCGUGUCUUGUUAUAUGCAAAAAUAGCAACAUUACACGUUUGUUCUGUGUAUUUACGUCUGCAGAAGCCCUUGGGAUAUGUUUGUUAUAUCGACCUUCGGUCUCUGUCGCAAACAUUCCCGCGUGAAUCUGCAGACAUUGAUACAAAAAGCGUAAUGUCCCUACAUGUUUACCGUUAUUUCAGUCAAAAUGAGUCUUUAUGUUGCAUUGAACGUCGCAACUAAUACAAGUAGUUCUACCAUUGAAUACUUUCCCUUAUGCAAUGGGAUUCGAAUUUAGGGGUUUAUAUUAAAUAGUGAAAUACAGGCGGUAUUUCAGACAAGACAGGAUGUAAAGGAAGUUCAUCAGUAGGUUUACAGACUCCUGUAAAAUUUUAUCAUCAAAAAGGGAUACGUUUACAAAGUCUAAAUAGAACAUUUUUUCCUUCCAAAAUGCACUCGGAUACCUUGAAGUAAUAAUGGUCCUUGUCAUCAGUUCGCACGCGAUAUAGGUGACUAUCCAGGUUGAUGUGGGCAGGGGAUUAAGGCUGGAGUAUACGGCUGCUGCCAUCAGUAGAGGUGCACCAUGAGAAUAAGCAAAGUACAGUAGGAUGAACAAGUAGGAAACCAAAUACACUUUACUAUUUCUAUGAAGUUUCAGAGUGAUCAAACAGUAAAUAGUAAAGGUACAGCUGUGUACAAACGAGCCUCAUUUGAUAUUUUAAUUGUAUGUAUUAUGACUGCUUAAGACUUAUGUUGUUUUCUUAGUUCAUAUAUAUCUCAGUUAUUGUUUCUGCAGUUUAACAAGGAGUCUAUUUGCAACAUGCUUCUCUAAAUGUAGCAGAAUAGACCAGUCAGUAUAAAUUUCUGAAGAGGUAUUCGCUUUUGACGUGUUAGAAUUUCGCAUAUACUUAAUAAAUGCAAAGUAGCUCUAUUACUGAUUGGACGGAGCUGGACUAUGUGUGUGUUUAAGAGUGUUAGUUCACAGGCAAUGUCAUUAAAAUAGUAAAUGUCAUUAAACUUGUAGUUAAGCUCACCUGAACAUAAAGUGCAACUGUUACCACCUUAUGUCCGUCGUUCGUCACCAUGCGACCUCUUCCGUCGUUCGUCACCAUCCGUCGUCGUCCGUCGUCAAUAAUUGGACUGUUCACACUCGCUUAAUUCAAAAGAAACUUGACCAGAAUGUUUUCCUCAAAAUAACUUUAGAAGAGUUCUUUAUCGGGUCAUUUGGGGUCAACAGCUAGGUCACUAGGUCAGUUUAUAGGAACGUCUUGUUAACAUCCUAGAGGUCACAUUCUCUACAUCAUCUUUCUGGAACUUUGUCAGAAUGUUUGUCUGCAUAACAUAUAGGACAACUUCAAAACAUGGUUAUCUGAGGUAUAAAACUAGGUCACUAAGUCAAAUCAUAGAGAAACCUUGUUAGCGCUCAAGAGACAACCCCUUCUGUUUUAUCUUUUCGAAACUUUGUCCAUAUGAAAUCAAGGUCAAAUUUGAAACAAAAUUCGUAGAAAAACACUUUUUAACACUCUAGAGGCAAUAUUUUCCAAUAUUUUCUGUUUGAUUUUUAAGCUUUAUCGGAAGUUAAGUAUCAUGAAAUCUAGAUCAAGUACUAAACUGGAAUAUUUAAAAUCAAAACCUCUAUCACUAGGUCAAAUCAUAGGUAAAAAUUUUUGUCUCUGUGUAAUCUAGGUUAAGUUUGAAACUGUGCCAUAUGAGAACAGCUACUAUGUCACUAGUUCAAAUUAUUUAAAGAGCUUGUUAACAUUUUCUACUUGAGAGCAUCUUAAUGCAUUAUCAGAAUGUUUGUCUCUAUUAAAUUUAGGACAAGUUCAGAACUAUUUUACCCCAGAUCUUAAACUAGGUCUCUAGGUCAACUCAUAGAAAAAUAUUGCUUAUACAAAUGGCAGAAUGCUUAUCGCUUUGAAAUCUAAGUCAGAUUCAAAACUUACCUGAUGUCAUAAGCUCGGUGAAAUCAUAGAAAAACUUGUUUACACUCUAGAUACCAUGUUUUCUACUUGAUCAUUAUUAUUCUCUACCAGAAGUUUGUCUGUUUGAAAAGUAGGUCAAAUCAAAUUAAAAAACGAAUGACUUAGUCAAAAACUAAUACUAAUUCAAAUCAUAGAAAACAUUUUUAACACUCAGAGGGCCACUAUUCGGCUUGAUCUUAAUAAACCUUAGUUAGAAUCUAUGGCUCUAUUAAAUCUUGAAACUUGACUAUCUUGGUCAAAAUCAAGGUCACUAUGUCAAAUAAUAGAAAAACAUUUUUAACACUUUAGAGGCCACUAUUCUGCUUAAUCUUCAUAAACCUUUGUUAGAAUUUUUGUCUCUGUGAAAUCUUGAAACUUGACUAUCUGGGUCAAAAACAAGGUCAUUAUGUCAAAUCAUAGAAAAACAUUAUUAACACUCCAGAGCCCACUAUUCUGGUUGAUUUACAUAAAACUUUGUUAGAAUUUUUGUCUCUAUGAAAUCUUUAAAAUUGACUAUCCGGGUCAAAACAAGUUCAUCUAUGUCAAAUUAUAAAAAUAAAUUGAUGACACUCAAAAUGCCACAUUUUCUAUCUGAUCUUUAUGAAACUUGGUUGGAAAGUUGAUCCGUUUAAAAUCUGAGAAAAUUUGAAACUGGAUCAAUUGGGAAAAAGCUAGGUCAAUACGUCAAAUCAAAGUAAUAGUUAGUUGACACUAGAUGUCAAGUUUUCAAUCUGAUCGUCACUAAUCUGCGUUUGAAUACUUUUCGGUAUGUUAUGCAUAUCAAGUUAAAAUGACGGGUACUUGAGGUCAAAAACUAUGUAAGUAGACUAAGGUCUAAUCAUUUAAAAAAUAUUGUUAAUGAUCUACCUGAUUUUAAUUACCUAAACAUAGUCAAAAUGUGUGUCCCUGUAAAAUUUAUGCCAAAUGAGAUAACGGGUUAUCUGGGGUAAUAACUAGGUAAGGUAAGCAAUACAAUGUGUUCAGGGUCCUUUUGUUUUGUGUAGAGCAAUUGAUGAAUAGCACAGAGCCAAGUAAUAGAAAGAGCAUUGAAACUCUCGGGUAAACGUUUUGUACGAGGGGGCGUAGCCCCCAAGUAUAAAUCGUUUACCCGAGAGUUUUAAUGUUCUUUCUGUUUUGUAUCAUAGCCAUCCAUAUAUGGUAGUUCAGUAGGCGUUCCACAUUGCAAUAUACAGCAGUUCAAUGAGUACUUAAAAUCAUUGCUUUUACAAAUGUGUAAAACUCUGACAGGUAAAAUAAACUUAUGCGAGCGCAGAAAGGCAAUAAAAUACACUUCGCUCUCUGCUGUUAGAGACACGCCCAUACACGCUGACUUACUUUCCUAUCCAACAGUGCGGUAACUAGCGUGCGGGUAUUGAAUACCUGCACACUUUUAGUUACCGCACCCUGCCCUCACACUACUGGAUGCACAUGCCAUUAAACGGGUCAUGAAAUUAGCCUUAAUUUUUUGAAAGGUUUUUAACAGAGUUUUAACAGGUCACCAUUAAAAUUCACCCAUUACUUCUUACUAUUUAAUGGGAUUUUCAUGACCAUAGUUUUAAUGCCAUACAUUAAAAAUGACUUUGAUGACCAUGAAAAGCUGCUUAAAAUGAACCAUUAAAAUAAGUUAACAGGCUCCUUAAAACUCCAUGAAAAAUUUUAAUUGGCAUGAAAUUAAUGUGCCAUUAAAGAAUUACCCCUUAAUUCCCCAUUAAUUAGUAAGGACUAAUAGGGCCAUUAAUUUUUUAAUACUCUGUUAAUGGCCGUUAAUUAUUAAAAAAUUGAAUAAUGGUCGCAUUAAAUAUGUCAGAUUCAAUUUUAAUGGGUUUAUAAUAUUUUAAUUUUAUAUCAAAUUAAGGGCCAUGAAAAUUUGCCUUCAGAAUUAGACAUCUUAAGAUAAUCAACUUCAUAUUAAUAUUUGCCGUAUUGAUUUAAACUACGUAUUACUACACAUGUAAUAGUAUCUAUACAUAUGUACUGUUUUGUAAAAUGCUAGAAGAAUAUUUGUUUCUUCUUUUUUCUCUUAUUAUUUUGUAAUGUAAACACAUGUAAGUAUGAUGUAACAGCCUCGUACAAACAUUUGUUAUAUUGUAUCCUUAUUCUGUCAUACAAUGUAUGUUCAUAUGAAAUGAGAAAAUAAAUGGAUAUUGUAUUGUA